CCUCCCCCGGUGGCCUCACCUGCCCGCCAUGGCCGACUGGGCACCUCCCGCACAGUCUUCAAGGGGGGCUUCUGGAGCGCAGGCUGCCCCUCUCCCAGAUGCCGGCCUCCGCAAAGAGGCCCCGUUGCAGACGGCCACGAUUUCCCUGUGGACGGUGGUGGGAGCUGUGCAGGCCAUGGAGAGGACCAUGGAGGCGCACGCCCUGCGGCUUCUGAGCCUGGAGCAGAGAUCAGGAACAGCUGAGAAGAGGUUUGCGGCCUGCGAGAAAGCCGUGGCGGAGCUCGGGAGCCAGCUGGAGAGUCGGUGGGCCGUGCUGGGGACCUUCUUGCAAGAGUACGGGCAGCUCCAGAGGCGACUGGAGAACAUGGAGAACCUGCUCACGAACUGGAACUUCUGGGUGCUGAGAGUCCCCACUGGCUCCUCUGGAGCAGCCUCCAAGGGCUCGUCCACCUUGGAGGACAUCUCAGGUCAUUUUUCUCACGAGAAAUGGGGGAAACUAUCGGAGUGGCAGAAGGAGCUGUACAAAAAUGUGGUCAAGGGGAACUGCGAGUCUCUCAUCUCCCUCGAUUUUGCUGUUUCUAAACUGGAAGGUUUGACCUGUGCAGAAGGAAGAGGGGGCCCUGGUGGUCUCACGCAGGCAGAUUCGAGGGGAGCCCAAGAGCCCUCCACUGAUACCGGAACAGAACAAUCUGCUGCAAGAACAGAGAUGAUCUCUUGGAUUAAACAAGAGGACGGCCCGUCCGGAAGGCAGCAGGGGAAAACGCCCAGUGGAACCACCUGCAACUACUACACGGUUUCUAAACUGGACGGUUUGCCAAGGGACAAGGAAGAGGUCUCAGCCUGCAUUCCUUUCCAGAAAGAUGUAGAACCAGAAGCUGACACCAUCUCUGUUGUGCAGAAACCAGUUGAAUACAGGAGCCUGCUGCCUGCUGAGGACCAAGCCGAAGACCCCGCCAAUCCACCCCUGCUGCUCUUCUUCCCAGGUGGAUCCGUGGCCCCCAUCUGCAACGGCACCAUCGGUGAGAGCCAGCCCCUCUCCAGCCUUCAAGGCCCCUGCGUCGAGAGCAGAGCCGGCGGGAACGACCCCGGCUCUCCCGCCGCAACCCCCGAAGCGGGGAUGGACCGACCCCACACCUGCCCGGAGUGCGGGAAGACGUUUAGCCUCCUGCUGAGCCUGGAGAUCCACCAGAUGAACCACCGGAAGAAGAAGCGCCACGAGUGCGCCUGCUGCGGCCUUGCCUUCGGCUGCCCCUCGGAGCUCCUCCGCCACGAGAUGAUCCACACCAAGGAGCGGCCGUACAGGUGCAGCGUCUGUGGGAAGGGCUUCGUCCGCAAGCAGCACCUCGUCCCCCACCUGCGGCUCCACACGGGCGAGAGGCCCUACCACUGCGGCGAGUGCGGGAAGGACUUUAUCUGCAAACAUCACCUCCUGGAGCACCAGCGCACCCACACCGGGGAGAGGCCCUACGCCUGCGCUGAGUGCGGGAAGACCUUUCGGCGCAAGAAGUCGCUGAAGGACCACUUGCACACGCACGGCCCCAAGCGGGGGGCAGCAGACUCGGCCCCGGGGGCUCCCGGAUGAGCCUCAGAACAUCACAGACCUGAGAGCCGAAAGCGCCAGGUAGCAAAUGCAGCCCCCGCCCCAGCCCGUUCCUCAACGAAAGUCACAUUCCUUUAGCUGCUUGUUGCUCCAAACUCAGAACUGGUCAGGGGGGCAGCCAAAACCAGGUUGAGCUCCCUUGGCCUCCUUUAUUCUGCUCUUGUCGGGCCUCAGGGAAGGGUUAUACCCAUCAUGAUAGCCCACCCCCUCCCAUGGCUGGCCCUUCUCACGCUGUUGCCUCUCUUUAGAUAGAUCCGGGGGGGGGGGCAGCCGUGUUGGUCUGAAGCGGUAGAACAAAGCAAGAGUCAGGCGGCACCUCUAAGACCAACGUUCUAUUCAGAAUGUCAGCUUUCGUGUGCUGGAAGCACACUUCGUCAGACAAAAUGUGGCUUAAAUGUCUUACUUUUAAACUGUUUUAAUUGUUCUUAAACUGUUUUGAUUGUUUUCUUAUGUUGGAAGCCGCCCUGAGCCCAUUAUGGGAAAGGGCGGCCUAGAAAUCGACGGAAAUAAAUAAAUGUAUGGAAUGGCGAGCAGUCCUAAAUAUAGGUUAAAGUGGGCUGUGGGUCAGUAGGCAGAAUCUUUCAAUCUGCUAAAAAAACCAUUUCCACGACUCUGCAAGCUAACCCACGGCCCACUUUCUCAAUAUUUAGGGCGGCUUGCCGUUCCAUACUUUUGUCUCAUGAAGUGCGCUUCUAGCACGCAAAAUCUUACGUCCUGAAUAAAACGUUGUUGGUCUUAAAGGUGCCACUUGACUCCUGCUUUGUUCUGUUGCCUCUCUCGUUUGUACUCAUCUUGUCUGCUCCCUGUGUGGUCCCCUUCUUCUCGUCAGGUGGCUGUUCUCUGUGUGGUUCAGAAAGCUCAUUUUGAAUCUUCAGCUGGGUUUACAGGCCUUCCGGCAUCCGCUCCAAGGGACCGGGUGUUUCCUGGCGGGGGUCUUUGUUUGUUCUCACUUGUCUGCAUGGUGCGUUACAGUAAUAAAAAGGACCGUCUGCUCUAAUGCCAGCAA